CUCCGACGUUCCCAGGAGAGUAGUUUAAUCAACCGCGGUCGAAUUGGUGGAAGGUCAAUCAGGAAAAGCUAGAUAGAUGCUAUGCUUGUACUGUUGCUGAUGAAAAACGGGACGCGAAGAUGAAGCUAGAGGAGGAGAACAUCAAGAAAUUGAAGGAGGAGGAAGAUAGGAAAGAGGAAUGGAGGAAGGAGUGUGCGCGCCUCGAAGAGGAGAUGGGUGCACGUCUUGACAAGCGCCUGGAGAAGGUCUGUCCCCAUUUGAUCAACAAGGAUGAUGGUAUGGUUAGCCCAAACGAGGAGUUGGUGGAGCUGAAGAAGGAGAACGAGAAGUUGAGGAGGUUAUUACUUGGGGAUGAUAAUCAUGCGGAUGAGGACAAGAUGAUGAGGUUGCAACGGGAGAUUGCGGGCUUGCGGAGGCAAGUUGCCGAGAAAAAGUUGGCGGAGGAUGAUAUUUUUGCACUACGGCAAGAGAUCGACCAACUGCGGGGUACGACCUUGGUAAAGACGAACUUUGAACAAGAGAUUGCUGGACUUAAGAAGGAGAUUGGAUUAUUGGGGGAAGUUGGUACUCAGGCUAGGGAGGAAGCUGAGUUGUGGAAGGGGGAAGCUCUUCGACCCAGGAACAAGCGGGGCUGUUAUGCGGUCGGCACCCGAGAUUGUGCCGUGAGGGGAUCGCCUAAACCUAGGUGGAUGGAUAACCUACGCGACAAUGACAAAUGGAAACAGGAGUACUUCAGGAUGAAGGAGAAACACCGGGUUGCCAGUUUCGAGGCGGAAGUACUAAAAGAGAAGCGUGCUAAUGCAAAGGCGGAGGUCAUCAAACUUCAGGAUGAAAUGGGAAAGUUGUCGGUUAUCAGUGCUUCUGAUCAAACAGAGUGCGGUGACACCAAUUUGAAAUCUCGACUGGAAGCCGUUGCUAAUCGAUCGGUUAGGAAAGGCGGGAAAGCUACCUCGAUGAGGGAGGGUUGUAGUCAAGCCGACGGAGCUGCCGAAGUCAAUGAACGGUUUGCCUUUAUCGAAGAGCAGAAGAAGUGCCUUCGUCAGUACAAGAAGUCUACAUUAGAAAUCCAGUGUAAGGAGACAGGUUUGAAAAUGGGCAUGGUUAAGCCUAUGAUUGCCGAAUUAGCUGAGUAUCAUGCGGACAAGGCCUUUGGGAAGCAUGCAGACAUAGGUAAGACGACUGUUCCUGUGGAGGUCUCGAACGGCUCGGCUACUAAGAAUGCGGUCUCUGCGGCUGACGAUGAUCGUUUUGUUGAGCUCUAGGAAGGUCUCCCGGACGUGACGCAUUGUGGAAGUGGGCUUGUUGGUGUAGGGAUCGAAGGAGUAGGUGUUUUUCUGUUCCCUGUGGUUCGGACUCGUCUGAUGGUUUUUGUGGUCGUUUGAUUCGGGGUAAGCCUGCUCAUCUGUUUUAUUUGCGGGAUAAGGAGUUCAGUGCAUUCUUUCGUGGCAUUGUGAUUGAUUUGAUUUUGGCAGGAUGUGUUCCAUGGGCAGGAAAAGUGCGGAAUUAUUUGGAUGAAUUGAUUCGUAGUGGCUUUGACUUUGAAGUAUGCGAGGGUCCGUUGGUAUAUCUCUUGGUUUCCCCUUGGUCCAGACAUACGUAUGUUGGGUCUGCCUCCCGUUCCCUUCCGGCUCGCUGGAAUGAGCAUGUCUACCGCUGCCUGGAUCACGAUGUGAUCGAUAAAGGUAAGAGGAAUGA